CCACCGUGGUCCUCUGCUGGACCGUGGUAUUGCUGCUCUGUCUGAUGACCACCUCCGCCUACCCCACCGUCCGCCAGCACUACCACAACUACUUCGAGAUGACCCACCGCUUCGCUGGCUGGCUCUCGGUAGCUCUGGUCUGGGGCCUAAUCGUCAGCCUGACCAAAGACACCACGCACUUCGCAGUUGGCCCUUCCCUCGGCCGUGCCCUGAUCAACAGCCCAAGCUUCUGGUUCCUCACGAUCAUCUCCCUGUGUCUCGUAUACCCAUGGCUGCACCUCCGCAAACUCAGCGUGCAGACGGAAGUUCUGUCGUCUCACGCCUGCCGCAUCUACGUGAAAGACCGGUCCUACAUCCGCCCCUACCCCGGCUCUUUCGUGCGGCUAUCCCAGAGCCCACUAUUCGAAUGGCACUCCUUCGCGGCGAUCGCCGAGUCGGGCGAGGACAAGGGCGACUACUCGGUCGUCGUCUCGAAGGCUGGCGACUGGACCAGCAACGUCAUUGCCCAUCCCCCAACGGAGAUGUGGUACAAAGGCGUUCCUACCUGCGGCGUCCUGCACGUCUCCAAGCUCUUCCGCAAAAUUGUCCUGAUCGCCACGGGCUCCGGCAUCGGCCCGUGCCUUGCCGUGCUCCGCUCCGGCGAGGUCCCCUGUCGGGUCCUGUGGAGCACCCGGUCUCCGCGCAAGACCUUUGGCGACGGCCUGGUCGGCGAUGUGCUCAAGGCGGAUAAGGACGCGGUGAUCUACGAUACUGCCUCUGGCAGCCGUCCGGACGUCGUCAAGAUGGCGUACUCCAUGUAUCGCGAGAGUAAGGCCGAGGCCGUGGUGAUCAUCAGCAACCCAAGUUUGACGUACAAGGUCGUGUACGGCCUCGAGUCGAGGGGCGUACCUGCUUUCGGCGCGAUUUGGGAUAGCUAAGGGCAGGAAAAGCCGGUUGCAAGGGGGAGGGGGAGAAUGGCGUUUACUUGCAGUGGCGGGUUGGAUCGCUCCUGGCUUUUGGGUUUGAUUUUCACUUGUUACCUUUACCAUUUGGUUUUUGGACUGGACGCGGAGAUGUGGAGGGAUUGGAUUGAAUGUACAUAUUGGAGGGUUAGGCUACAGAAUAAUGCAUUAAUGCUUAAUCAGACCUCUCCCAUGGUCCGUCCCCAUGGAGAGGGACCCGCAAGAUCUAUCGGCCCGUAUUUGAAACCGCAUCAUCGCUGUCAGCGUCCAGG